GAAGCUUGUUGUCGGUGUAGUUUGCCUAGCAUGUUCAGCUUAAUGCAUCCAUGGAAAAUGUUUCCUUAAUUGCUUAUAUUUAAUUUUAACGUUGGUUUAUUUUAUUGUAAGAAUUCAUAGGUGUAAAGUUGUAACGAGUGACGUAGGAGAAAUCUGUCCAGCCAACUGUAAAGUUACCAUUCUUUUACAACAGCUAGCUAGCUAGACGUCGCACUGUUGACCGCAACAUGUCUCUUUGACGAAAUGAAUUCCCGCCAGUGGUUUUCAAUUCAGAUAUUUAUCGUCUCGUGUGGACGUUUGGUCCACGCAGCCACAGAAUCCGGGACUCCCAGCCCUAUAAAUGGAGCGCCGUUCAGCUCAGCAACCCCUGCUCCGGGCGGUACAGCGGCCGUGGACCCCACCAGCGUGGGCACCACUGAGGCGGCCACUCUGGACGCCAUGUCAACCACGGCGCUGACUGUGUCUCAAGCUCCCACUGUGGUCACCGAAGCGCCCCCUGCAACCACCGUCCAACCUCUUGUGGCUUCAGAGGGUUGUCUCUGUGAUUUAACUCCUGAUUUCUGUGACAUUGGCUGCUGUUGUGACGCCGUUAAUUGUGGUGUUGCGAACUUGAGUACCGUCUUCACCGGAUGUUCACAGAAAGCCAUAUCCGGAGUUUGCAUUGAGAAAUGGCUGAUGUUUAGGGCUAAUGUGGAUUCAUCUCUUGUCACUGUGACUGACUCAUUGUUUUGUGUACGGCCUAAAGAUAAUGCACCACAGUCCCUCCCAGCUCUACCUCAGUAUCCAACUUUAGGGGACUCUUACCACUUCUCACCACCAGCACCUACAGGCAGCAGCCACAGCAGAGAUUUCUAUAGGGUUGAUGAUGUCAUCCAGACAUAUUUCUCCAGCUCGUCUGUGCGGAGUCUCCUUCAUCAGCCGUCUCCAGGGGCUGCUACUGCAUUGUGUAUCAACCGCAACCCUGCAAAGUUCUUGAGGUCUGUGUCUCUGUCUUGUACCCGCAUGUUGACUCCUCAGUCAUGCACCACAGACCCAAAUUUAAACGCCCGCUCCUACUUCUCUAACCUGAGCCUGAUCAAGAUUCCAAAAGUUGGGACGGCGCAAGUGUCAGACGUACUGAUCCCAGUUACUCCACUGACUGAAUGGCCUGCACCAAGUGAACAAAACAAUUCCUGUGUCAAUGUGGUGAAAAAUGUGGAGUUUGUCAUUGGAUACACAGGCAGAGGGGAACUCACGUACGCAACAGUGAACGUAGUCUUAGCUGAUGUGGAUCCAAAUCAGUUGCUGUUGCAGACACACUCUGUACAGUUCCAGCUGGCAACACCCAGCUCCACUACCGAAGGGCUGAUCCCUGCAGUCGGACUCAGAGUGGGCUCUCCUGUCAUUGGUCGCUUUGAUGGAGAAGUGAAGCCUCUGACCACACUGGGGCUGUCACAGAGUGGGGAGUGUUCCUCGGACCCCAGCAGACGAGCAGUCGUCCUCUUCACACACAACACCGUCACUGGCUGCACAUUCAGUUCCCCAUCUAGUGACUGUUCAGAGCUGCGUUCCCAGAUUUACGGGAUCUUGCAGGGACUUGCUACGCCCGAUGUGAUCGCCAUGAACUCGGGCUCCCAACCGGAUUGGACGAAAGCCAUCACCCAGGAGUGUCCUGUCAGCCGGCAGGAAACCUGUGAAUUAGGCUGCGUCCUCCCCAACUCUCUCUCUGUCAGAGUACUGUGGGCCCGCCAGGGUCUCUUAGACCUUCCCCAGAACUACAUCCUGGGGGCCAAAUACAUUUUUCAGUGUCAAAAUUUCAAGUGUCCUCAGUCUUCCCCUAUUGCUCUGACCACGGAGGUGACGUUUGUUGACACUACAGUUUACCCAGAACCCCCCAGAGGCUCGUCUCAGUCUAACUGGAAGUUUCCAUUUGGUUUCUUCACUAGAGGCACUGCUGAGCUGGACGGGCACAUUGUCAUUAAUGGCUGUGACACUGGGACGGUCACAUGGAGUUUAACGCUGUUCACAGUAAUGUUACUAACAGGAUUACAAUUCAUCACCAGGUAGUCUGAUAGAUAACAGUGGAAAGAAUGUUUACUAUGUCAUUUAAUUUUUUUUUUUUUACAAUAUAAAGUAAAUCAUAUAGAAAUGCUAAUUUAUUCUUUUGUACAUUUUCCGGAAUACAUACAUUUUUACAUGACAUUUUACGAGUUAUUAUUUCACUGAGGUAAAGCUGCAUUUCUUCCACAUAGCUCCUCUUCUCUCUCCUUCUUUUGGUCUGGUUGGUUUCUGUGCGUUCUUCGCUCCUUUUGUCCUGUGUGGCGUACGUAGUUAAGGAGAUGGACAAUUGCAGCUGGAGUGAUACCUUGCAAACGUGUAGCAGCACCCAGCUGGACGAUAAAGCAUGGUAUUAGUUGCAAAUUAAUUCAUUUCUUUUAUUAAACCGUACAAAAGUUUGUUUAAUUUAGCCAGAACAAAAAGUUAUUAGGAAGCAGUAAAUACACCAUACUCACAGUGCUGGGUCGAACUCUGUCCAAAAUCUCUCUGACUUCCUGAGACAGAGACACCGGCAGAGAGAAAUAGUCUAUGUCCUGUGGAAGAGACAUGUUCUCCUCCUUCUGAAUUCUCUCAAUCUCUUUCUUCUGAAGGUUACAGUGAGGUCGGUACACAGCUAAAUAACAGGAGAAAUGAUUUUAUUGAGAAAAUAUGAACCAUGCUGUGGUAGUUGUGGACAAUAUCAAAGCAGCAUUUUGAGGCAGUGCAGAAGGAUAACUGAGCCAUGAAGGCAAGGUUCCCCUUCCCUCCUGCUUCAAAAUGCCCAAACCAGUUUUUACCCUCUAUCUUGAGUCUUUGUGAGAACUCCAUGUGUGGUAAAAGGCACUCUGGGAAGGCAGAUGCCAGCAUUUCAAAGGACACGUCGUUGUACUGCAGCACGUCCAUACCACUGAAAAAGAAACCACAAAGUAACAGUCGGGACCAAGAAUUUACCACUUUUGACUGUAUCUUGAGAUAAAACGUCCGACAUGCUCUGCUGAGCAGAUUUGGUCCAUGACACUGGUGAUUCCACAUAUUUGUCACUCACGUCAGUAGAGUGCUCUUAGCCUCGCUCAUACGCAUGUCGGGCAACUUUUUUCUCCAGUUGUGGGUGGACAGAGAGAGAGCCUGAAGGGCUGCCAGUGCAUCCUGCAGACUGUCCCUUACUCUCACAGCCUCCUGGUAGCGCAAGGUGGACACACAUCCCACCUCCUCAAACCCUGGCAGAGGAAAACAUUUAUGAGUGGAGAAAAACUAGAAAAGUAGAACAACCACUUGUUGGACCCAUCAUGACUCUGUAAAGUGUUCUCAC